AUGUCCGAGAAACCUACUGAGAAGCCGGCUCCAGGCUCCGGCCGAGAAUCGCCACGAACAGCACGGGAUCCCGAUUUCGACGAUGACCCGGAAGAGAUUGUCGCAAGCGCUCCAGCAUUCGCCCUCGCGCCCGCCGCCUCCGAACCUAAACCGAAACCCAGGGUGAGCUUUGCCGACGAGGAGCAGCCACCCGUGAAGCCACCCCGACCCGUCAGCCCGCAGGCUCAGGCGGAGGCGACAUUGGUAGAAGCCUUUCCGAGCGUCGAUACGAAGGUCGUCCAAGCGGUGUUGCGCGCCAGUGGUGGGAAGAUGGAGCCGGCAUUCAACGCCUUGCUGAGCAUGUCCGAUCCGAAUUACCAGGAUGAGCCAGCACCUCUACGACAGCCUCCGCGGCCCACACAGGCACGGACACAGUUGGAAGCAGACGAGUUGUAUGCACGACAGUUGGCAGAACACUAUCAGUCGCAAGGACAUGAAGGAUUCGGAUCACGGGGGAGAGGCGACCCUCCCAUGCCUAGGGGAAGGCAGGAAUCGGGAUUGAAACCCAACGAGAUGUACGAUGACAGGGAUCACAGCUUCUUCGACGAUGAUCUACCCGUCAUCCGCGAAAACAUUCGAAAGGGCUUCGUCGAGACGCAGUCAUGGUUCAACAAGACCAUCUCCGAUUUAAAGAAGAAGAUGGACGGCGAGGACGACGACGACCUGGACCGGCCCGGUGCAGCUUACCAGCGACAGAACUACGGCCCUUCGCAGUCGGACCAGAUGCGCGGGAUCCGGAGGAGCGCCGAGACUCGGGGAAGCGGUGACAGGCAUCGCUACGACGCGGAUCCGAGGGUAUUGGACGACGAUUUCACGGCCCUUGAGCUUCGAGAUGAUGAGCAUCCGCCUCCCAAGCCUGCCCGCCCGCUUGCGAAUCCCGACCUCUUCAAACCUACCCCCGCCGCUCCGCGUCCCGGUCCCGUCGACGAAAUCGACGCCAUCUACGGCCAACCGACGCGAGAUCCCUCGCCGGGGGUGGGCAAGACGAAGAAGUGGCAGCCUCUCACCUCGGUCGCGCCGAAUCCGGAGGGGGAUAACGAUCCGUUCAGCCUAGGGGACAGCGACGAGGAGGAGGCUAAGACGAAGGAUCUGAAGCAGGAGGAUACUGAGAGGCUGAAGAAGUCGGCGUCAGCGUCCGUUUCAGAAGGAACGGGAGCCGAGUUGCCGAAGUUGGAGAAGGCGGAGACGUCGGGGACGAAAGAUAAGGAUGCGGAGGAGCUAUUGAAGAACAAGACCUAG